CGAAAAAGAGAAACAAGGUCCGAGGAAAAGAUUGACCCGCGAUAAUGCCGCGAUUUUCAAAUUGUACAAACCAAAACAAAGCAGACGUAAACAAUUGUCCGUCGAAAUUAUCCACGAUUUUAUGGGAUUUUGAGAUUUGUGAAUCAAAUUUGAAUCCGAAGAAUGGCAGAUCCCGUGUUCUUUGAGUUCUUGCACGCAGAAAUCAUCAAAUACAUCGUCGGAGAUGACAAUUCUCCAUCAAAAGAUCUGGAUCUGUCUGCGCUAGACACGAUGGGCUUUUCAUGCGGCUACAGAAUUAUCGAAAGAUUAACAAGAGAGUGGCCGAAAUUCAAGGACGAACUGGAGGUGGUCAAGUUUAUUUGCACCGACUUCUGGACCGCCGUCUACGGCAAGCAGAUCGACAACCUGCGCACCAACAACCAGGGCCUGUACGUCCUACAAGACAACAUGUUCAGAUUCCUUAGCAAAAUCUCGAUUGGCAAGGAGCUGAUGGAAAUAGCGCCUAACUACUACACAUUCACUUGCGGACUGGUGAGAGGAGCCUUGGCAAACUUGGGUGUGGUCAGUGCAGUAAAUGCCGAAGUGCAGAUCAUGCCCUCAGUUAAAUUUCACAUCCAAGUGCAGAGGACGUAAUUUUCUUAUAUUUUUAUAUUUAAUUGUUCUGGGAGUUUUAGAUAAUUUUCCAAUUAUAAAAGCAUGAAAGGGUAAAGGACCAAACUUAUGGCCAAGUGUAAAUUUCAAUGCUACAUGUUGAUUGAAUGAUUAAAGCUUAUUAUCUAUAAUUUAAGUAGGAAUAAAAGAAAUUAAAUUGUUAA